AGACACGUUCGGGUUGCCAAGAUACAAGGGUUAUGGAUAGCGGUGACUUGGAAGUUAAAUUCACGUGACUCUUCUUUCAGAAGCUGAGCGUUUUAUCAGUUCACUUCACUCCCACCCAAAUCACACAAAACCACAUAUAACCUGUACGAAGACGGUCUACCUCUGAAAUGACGGAGCAAGCACGGUUGAAGGGAACGGUUUACGUUGGUGGCCUUGCGCCGGUAGUGGACGCCGCGAGCCUUCAUGCAGCCUUCAUCCCAUUCGGAGAGAUAGUCGGCGUUUCACUUCCAAAGCCAGAAGCUCCUUUAUCAACAGACCUCCACCGGGGCUUUGGUUAUGUAGAAUUUGAGGAUCCUUCAGAUGCACUGGAAGCUAUCGAUAAUAUGGACCAGGCCGAGCUAUUUGGGCGAGUCAUUAAAGUCUCGGCAGCUAAGCCUCAAAAGAAUGCAAAUGAAGGCCUAGGGAGCAAGACUGCAGUGUGGGAACAGGAAGGAUGGUUGGCAGAGAAUGCAGUCGAUGAAGAGGAUAGGCUCACAACAGACCAUGGACAUGGCACGGAAGAAAGGCCAGAUGAUCCCAUGCAGGGGCUUGAAGGAUUAGACGUUGCGGGGCCUAAAGCUAGAUGACUUGUGACGGCACUGGAAAGGACGAGUAAUUUGGAAGUGGUAUAGCAUGGCGCCGAGGGGUGGCAUAAAACGGCGUUAAUAGAGGGCUUGCAAUGGUUUCUGAUCGACGGUCUGCAUGAGUAUAAUUGCAGACAAUGCUUUGUCUUUCGAUAAGAGGGGAUCUCAAUUCAUGAAGUUCUGGUAGCAAUCA